GUCUUAAAAGUCAUUAAAUCUGUACUUUAAAAAUGUGCAGAUACCCUGCUGACAGUUUAUAGACAAUAAAAAAAAAACAGUAGUAGCAGCCCUAGUGACAGUUAACUGAACAUAAAUUCUUUGGCCUUGACUGCACAUUCAACUCUACGGAAGUUUAUUACACGGCUGUGUUGAAUACUCGAUUCUGAUUGGUCAAUCACGGCGUUCUGCGGUCUGUAAUUUCUCUAUAACAGACCGUUGCUAUGGGCGCAGCUCUGAUGUCGGACUCUGGCGGACCGUUUUUGUGUCAAAAUAUUGAUUUCUUAAUUGGAUUAUAGCGCACCAGGAGCUGCAGCAGGGAUGAGGAUCCAGCUGCAGGGUCCCGGCCACGCUGCCAGCCUUCUCGCUGAGCUCAACAGCUGCCGCCAAUCACGCCGCUACUGUGACGUUGUCCUGCAAGUCGGCAACCGCACGUUCGCAGCGCACCGUGCAGUGCUGGCCUGCGCCGGGACGUACUUCCGCAACCUGUUCACCCGGGCUGCAGCCUCGUCCACCCCCGCCUUCUCUCUGGAGUUCAUCUCCCCGGCCAACUUCGAGAAGCUGCUGACGUUCGUCUACACGGGGGAGAUCUUGAUUGAUCUCAUAGAUGUCGGGGUGCUGUAUGAGCUGGCUGAGAGGCUGGGCGUUAGUGAACUGGUGAGGGCCUGUCACGCUACCUUCCCGGACCUGCAGGCUUCUGUGUCUGCAAACUGUAAACCAGGUAGUCCUGGAGACCUCCCGCUGGACUCCAGCAUGGUCGCGGCUGCUGCGUCCACAGCGGCUGCCGUUAGUGCGGUUUCUGCGUCGUCUGUGUGUUCCUCUGCCGCCUCCUGCUCCUCUCUGUCUUCGUCUGCUGCCCCGACCCCUGCUGCCGCCCCCUCGCCUCUCUUCCAAACCAGGGCAGCCGGGGUCAGCCACGAUGCUCACACUGGGACUUUGCCUCUGGGCCUGAAGGUAGAAGACGUAGAGUCUCAUAUCGGCUACGGGCAGAUGGCCGCAGAUCAACCACUACCAGGAGGACACAGUCUAUUAACCAGCCGCCAUUCCAGUCAGUGCGACGCCGUGCUGCCCCCGGUGUCUUCUCUCCAGCUGAAGAUUGAGCCGGGGCUGGAGGAAGAGGAGGCAGCAGGCGGCUGCGAGGACAGAAACACAGGUGGACAAAUGGUUUCUGAGAGCGCAGGAAGUUCUGCUGAUGCCGCACCGUCCGAUUCCUGCUCCUUCCCCGACUCCUCGGCUCAGCUCGGAGCCGAGGCCUGCACCCCGACGUCUUCCUCAGGAGAGCCUCACGGCGACCUGCAGGUGGUAUCGGUGGAGGGCGGCAGGCCGAUGUUUGAAAAGGUGGAGGAGGAAGAGAAUGAGGAGAGGGAGGCUCUGAAAGGGAAUGGAUCAAUGGAGGGAACAGAGGAGGAGCAGUGGAGACAGCUGGCAGGCGAGAUCAUCGAGCUGAGCGACGAUGAGAACUUCAUGGAGGAGGGAGACGAGGAGGAGGAUGAAGACGAGCUUGUGUACGUGGAGAAUGGAGAGCACUCAAGCAGCCAGGUGACGGGGAACAUGCUGCCAUGUAAAGCCUGCGCAGUGCCUCUCCCAGCAGACCCGGAUGCCAUCAGAAGACACGCCGAGACCCACCUGACGGAGCUGGGGCUCUGCAGAGUGUGUGGGGCCUCGUUCCAGGACCACGACGCCGGCGUCACCCACUCUCUGUCCCACGUCGGGGUGCAGCUCUUCACCUGCGACAUGUGCCACAUGCAGUUCUGCAGCCAGAACAAACUGCUGCGCCACCACCGCCAGACAGCCUGCAGUUACACGAUACCACAGGGGGCGCUGACCAGCAGCAGCCAGAGCCUCGACCCAGAGCUGCAGUGCGCCGUGUGCGCCAAGACCCUCAGCAAGGACUUCCAGACGGUCAAAGACCACCUGCUGAGCCACGUGUGUCCCCAGAGCCUGAGCUGCGGUGUGUGUCACCUCCCCCAGCUCUCCUUGUGCUCCCUGCUGUGGCACGCCCUCGCCCACCUCUCUCUGCCCGUCUUCACCUGCCCACACUGUGCCCGCUGCUUCGUAGAGCGCUCCAUGCUGGACAGACACAUGACCACGCACGCCGAGGAGGCGGCGGCUAAGGAGAGGGAGCAGUUGGCGCUGAGGGCGUACAGGGUCGGUGGAGGCGGUAUGGCGGGAGUGGACGAGCUGCAUUGCUUCCUGUGCCCGCAGACUUUCCGCUCCGCCUCUGCCUUCCAGUACCACCUCAGCCUGCACACCACCGAGUCCCUGGGGGGAGGCGGGGGGGUCAGGGGUCAGGGCUGGUUCGGCAAACGUAAAGCUGACCAGGCUCUGGAGUGCCUUCCGUCUUCCUCCUCUCAACGGGAGGUCGGCGGCCUCAUUAAAAUGAGCAACAUGGGUUUGGGGCUGGGGAUGAGCUUCAGCCUAUCGGACAAGUUUCUUCAAGGGGCGCUACACAGCGUGCCCUCCGGGGUCCUGACCAAUGGGAGUUCAGGGCAGGACGGGGGAGUCGGGGGAGUCGGGGCAACAGCCGUCCGCGGGAAAUGGUACCGGUGUCGCUACUGCGGCAAAUGCUUCGCCCACUCGGGGGAGUUCACCUACCACCUCCGCAUCCACACCGGGGAGAAACCCUACCAGUGCAAAGUCUGCCUGCGCUUCUUCAGAGGCCGCUCGACCAUGAUCUGCCACCUGAAGACGCACGCCGGCGCCCUCAUGUACCGCUGCACCGUCUGCGGCCUUUUCUUCUCCACGCUGAAGCUGGUGUCGUCGCACAUGGAGCUCCACACGGAGCACCUGCCCCCGGACUUUAACAUCGAGCAGACCUUCAUGUACAACGAUCACUCUAAAGAACCGCUGCCCAACGUGGACACCUGAUGUGUCUCCUCGUCCCUCUUCCCUCCGUCUGAUUCCUCCUGUGUCCGGUUGUCGUGGACCACAUACUGCAUACAAUAGAAUAGGGCUGAAACUAAUGAAUACUUUUAUUAUUGAUUCCUUUUUUUAUAAAUCAGUUGUUUUUAAAAGAAUAUUGUGACAUCUUCAAAUUGAUUGUUUUGUCCCAACGGUUUAAAACCCAAAGAUAAGUCAGUUUAUAGUGAUAUAAAACAGCAAAUCCUCAGAGAAUCCUCGAGAAUCUUGGCAUUUUUGUUUGAUAAAUGACUUAAACAACAGAUUACUUUUCUGUCAAUCACCUCAGCUUUAUAAUAGACUUAGACUUUUAGAAUGUAGAUGACAUAUUAUUAUCUGUCAGAUGCUGUUCAUAGAGUCGACCUGUUGGGUCUCUUUGAACUAAGAUUAAAAAGAAGCCACGUGGUGGCAGUGUAUCCUGUUCUAUGUCAGUGAAAGAAAGGAAGCUUGUGGCUCGUCGACCGCCGCACAGUGCUCCGCUCGUAUUAAUCUCCUCCGAACAAGUCUGUAUCUUUAUAACUUAAAUAUGAGGAUAGGUUUUCAUGUCAGUGGUUGAUAAUUAACACUGUUCUUAAAGUAGCACUUCAUUGUAGCAUAGAAAUUAUUUUCCUAUAAUUGCAGUCACUAUUUUCACACUUUUUUAUGUGUUUCAAAGUUGAAUUUUUCACUCCAGAUACAUGACCAGUCGCGUAACAGAGAUUUAAUUCGUCAUUGAAACAUAAAAACCUGUUUUUUGAUGUUGAAGAGGCGUCUUUCUGAAUGCUUUCUCACAUGCUGUAUUCACUUGUUUUUAGAGCGUGUGGAGCAUGUCGUGCAGUAGAAAUGUUUAAGUGCCCAUCACGGUUCCUGUGUGAUAUCUGUGUCUUACCUCAUAUUUAUGAUGGCAGUGUAACUAUUUAUUGUUUUUAUGCCUUUAUACGUUAUCUGUUUCUAAAUCUAUUCAUGAAUGUUUGCUUUUUUUAAUAUUGUUUUUGAAAUGAAUAAAAAUAAUGCCUCUCGGAAGACUGUUAUCACCUCGAAA